GGAGAAGGACUCGGAGCUGAACCAGAAGCGGCCGCAGUACAUCAAGGCGAAGGAGAACACCUCGCACAAGAUCAAGAAGCUGGAGGCGGCCAAGAAGUCGCUGCAGAACGCCCAGAAGCAGUACAAGAAGCGCAAGGGCGACAUGGACGAGCUGGAGAAGGAGAUGCUCUCGGUGGAGAAAGCCCGGCAGGAGUUCGAGGAGCGCAUGGAGGAGGAGAGCCAGAGCCAAGGCCGCGACCUGACGCUGGAGGAGAACCAGGUGAAGAAGUACCACCGGCUGAAGGAGGAGGCCAGCAAGCGAGCGGCCACGCUGGCCCAGGAGCUGGAGAAAUUCAACCGGGACCAAAAAGCCGACCAGGAUCGGCUGGAUUUGGAGGAGAGGAAGAAGGUGGAGACCGAGGCCAAGAUCAAGCAGAAGCUGCGGGAGAUCGAGGAGAACCAGAAGCGCAUCGAGAAGCUGGAGGAGUACAUCGCCACCAGCAAGUGAGGCGCUGGCCUCGAGGUGUCCCCAGG